AUGGCCGUCGAGUGGACAGAGUUUACUAUAACGACUUUGCUGAAAUACAGCCGCGCUCCAGGCUUUGUUGACCUGCCUAUGUGGGUGGAAGUGGCGGAGAGCGCUGUUCCUGGAUCAGCGAUAGUUCAGUUUCAGAUCCAGAGUGAUGAACCCCACCCAGACCUUCAGGUCCUGUCUGUGAGCCCACCAGCUGCACUCUUCCAGACCCCCAUCAUCAACCCAACGGACAUUCCUGACCUCUACAUCGUUCAGAUCAUGCUGAACAGCUCGCUGGACUUUGAGCGAGUCAGGCUCUACAGCGUGCGUCUGGGCAUCGCCACGGCCUCCAGCCUCGUCCAGCAGAGCUUUCAUCUCAGAGUCAUCGACGUCAAUGAAGCUCCAGAGUGCGAGACACAGUUCCAGUUUCCAGCACCAAUUUCCAUCAUCUGCACAGCAUCAUCUUACUUAGCAAAGCAGGUUUGUCUUUUCGCAGGGGUGGAAGUUCGUGUUCCAGAAGACGUUUCACCCUAUGAGCCGCUCUACACUGUUCCUGUUAGGGAUCUGGAUGAAAACGACACCAUCAGUUUUGUCAUCAGUGAGGUUCUUCCUGCAUCCUCCCUUGGACAGUUUCAGAUCGAUGGACGAGGGAAAAUCACCUCUGAUCAAGCUUUUGGCUACCAGAGAGGACCAAAGGACUUUUCUCUGUCUGUGGUUGUGAGGGACAGUCAGGGUGCCAACUGCAGCGGGAAGGUGCGGAUCAAAGUCCUGAAGGUGUUCACUCCGCCCCUCGACUUCCUUCUUCCUGUUCAGAAUGUGUCUGUUUUGGAGAACGGAGGAGCAGGAGAUUUUGUCACCGCUGUGCAGGCAAAUCCAAACAUCUCAGCUGUGUUUUACACAUUUGUGAAGCCGUAUCCACCUUACAAAAUAGGACCAGAGGACGGCAUCAUCAGAACAGCAUAUAAUCUGGAUCUGGAGGCAGACAGAACUCUGAUGCGGAUGGUUCUGCUGGUCCGAGCCCUCAGCGUUAUAGAGAACCGCAGCGGAACCGCCACCAUCACCGUACAUGUGCUGGAUGUGAACGAACACCCACCGUUCUGCUCUCCUCCGAUCAUCCUUUUAACUGUGCCUGAGACCACAGAGGUAGGCCGCAGUCUGGGCACGCUCACGUGUGUCGACGUUGACGUCAACAACCGCAACGUUACUCUCACACUGAUUGAGAGUGACCUCUCACUCUUCAAAUUCCGCCUGAGGAGCGGCCAGCUGCAGGUGAACAAUAGUUUGGAUUAUGAUGUCGAGGGAGUUGCUGCAAAUAACUUCCAGUACGAGGCCGUCAUCUUGGCCACUGACUCCGGGAGUCCAGCGCUGACCACUGAAGUCCAGGUUCUGGUGACGGUGCUGCCAGUAAAUGAGUUUGACCCGCAGGUCGUGGCUCCGUUGGUUCUGCCUGUUCUAGAGGACGCCCAGCGUGGGUCAGUUGUCGGAGUGGUGACUGCUGUAGAUCGGGAUUGGCCUUUCAACUCCGUCAGACUCUCCAUCCCUGGAGGAGACCCUCUCUUCUCCAUUGACCCGAUCGGAGGACAGCUGUACCUGAGGGCUGAGCUGGACUUUGAAGAGAAGCAAGUGCACACAGUGAGGGUUCAGGCUGUAGAUUUUGGCCAGGACACAGACUGGACGAAUCAGAGGACGAGUGCUACUGACAUCACCAUUCAAGUGCAGAAUGUGAAUGAUAACGCUCCAGUGUGUGACCCGGUCUCGUACGAGUCCAGCAUCUUCUCCACACUAUCUGCUGGGGUUGCCAUAGUAACCCUAACCUGCACAGACCUAGACGGAGACAUCCUCUCUGCCACCAUCACCAACGGUGCUGCUGUGGACCGUUUCCAAACGAACGGCCUGAGUCUGUCCUCCAAAAAUGUUUUCUCCUUUGUGCCGGACGGUGUGUAUGAUGAGACCUGGUAUGAGGUCACUGUCAAAGUGUCUGAUGGGAAGUUCAGCACUGAUGCAGUGGCCUACAUCACUGUGGUCCCCUGGACCACCACAAAGCCCACCACAACUACCACCACAACUACACUGGCUCCUCAGGUGGUGACUGUGCUGAUGGAGGUGUGGAAUCCUGAGUCCUGGUUUGUUGUUGUUCUCACUCUAACUGGAGCUCUACUGCUGCUCACAGCCGGACUGCUCACCUGGAAUAUACUCGCACGAACCUCAGUCCAGCAGAUAAAGGACCAGCCGGAGGUUCUGCUGAGAGACAGCGAGCAGACGACCAAAGAGGGGCCAGGAAGUGAUGAGAGUGAGAAGAGGUUUGAUGGUAAAGCUCAGGAUCCGGUGUCAGGGCGGAGUUACCUGUUCAGCUCGCUGACAGGAGAGCGCCGCUGGCUGGAUAAGGUAGCACCUGCACCUGCAGACACACACGUCUAA